GAUCUAGUCAUGUCCGUCUGUCCGUUUCUACGCAAAUUAGUCCCUCAGUUUUAAAGCUAUCGGGCUGAAACUUUCCUAAAAGUCUUCUUUCUAUUGCAGGUAGUAUAUAAGUCGGAACCAGCCGGGUCGGACAACUAUAUAUAUUAGCUCCCAUAGGAACUGUCGAGGAAAAAAUUAAAAAAAAUACAACUUUUGUGUUUUUGAACAUACAACCGAAUUUUUAUCAAAAACGGACGAAUAUAAUAUAUAGCUUCCAUAGGAACAAUCGUAAAAUUAAUCGUAAAAUAAUAUAAAAAAAAUGAUAUCUUCGGCGUUUUUUAACAUAUAACCUCCUACUCUUGGAAAUAACAUUUUUCAUUGGUUUUGAAUUUUGAAUUAAAUUUUAUCAAAAUCGGACGACUUUAUCAUAACAUGUAACCUUCUAAGCUUGGAAAUGGCAUUUUUAACUUAGUUCUGAAUUUUGAAUUAACUUUGAUCAUUUCUUGUUUGUAUGUAUUUAUUGAACAAAUUAAGCUUAGCAGCCUAAGCUUUGUUUAUGCAGCUCGGCACCAAAAAGGUAUGUUAGGCUAGACAGACCAGGGGCAUCAUUUAGUAUAAUCAAUGUUAGGAACUCCUCCGCAAAUUUAACUAUUUUCACCUUUUAAUUGGAGCUCGUGAGUUUGUAAAAAGUGUGUGGAUAAAGGUGCUACUAGCGUUAAAUCAAGAAAAUCGCCUAUGACUUUCAUCCUACGGCGUCUCGCCUUCAUUUGAGAAGUGAAUGACAACCCAAAGUUAGAGAAAGAUGAAUACAAACGGAAGAGAGUUGGAUUCCACUGCAGACGUGUUUCCUUUAAAUUGUGCCAACAGCGAAGGCAUCAACGAGGACGGGGUCCAGAAAAAUGCCUCAACCACCGGUCUAAACAGUAUACAGCGAGGUGAGCGAGCUAUAGAUGCCACCAAGCGCAAAAAAAUUAAAUCGCGCAACACCGUAGCUUCCACUGCAGACCCUAAAACCGAAAAAACGGCGGCUUCUAUUUCUAACUCCAGUGCAGCCAACAAAAACGACCUUAACUAUUCCAAGGAUCAUCUCGAUGCCUGGCUUGAGAAUUGCUUACGGGAUGCCACAAACGCCCAACUGUCAUCUUCAUCUGAGUUUCUGGACUUCAUCCCGUCGACAGCUCCAUCUCGCACGCAAAUGUUUGUAUGUCAACAGCAGCAGCAACAACAGCAGCAGAUUAAACAGCAACUACAGUACCAGAAGCAACAAGAAUUUUCGAAGCGAUCACAGCCUUAUGGUGUUGGCUUGGGAACGCCCUUCAGAUUGGGAAUACAGCGCCACUCGCACUCCCUUAAUCAUCGAUAUCCGAUGCUAAUCCCACCCCAGGGUCUUAACGGCUAUGGCACUAGCUAUGGUGGCGAUGGUGACCAAGAGUUUGCAAGCUUACCGCCACUGGUUAACAUGAUGGGAGGAGCGGGAGGCACUAGCUCCGAGCACGAACCGAAUUCUACAGAUGUAUUGGAUGAAAGCGGAAGCAAUCCAAACAUAAAUAGAGGGUUUCGAUUCAGCGAUCCCUGCCUGCUUAACCCCUCCGAUAACGACUCCAAAUUAAGCGGUCAGAAUACCCCGGAGUGUCGGAAUGGCAACAACAAUAGCGUUGGCUGCGAUCUGGCACAGCAAAACAAAUUCUUUGCGGCCCUUAUGGAACAAAUAAACAUGUUGCAUGACACCAAUUCGAAGAUCUGCCGUAACUUGCAUGAAGCAAAAGUUGAAAUCGAAACUUUAAAGCACGUCUCUAGUGGCCACCCUUGGGCUGGAGUCGGCUCAGGUGGCAUGCGGCACCGUAGAGAUAGCUUGAGCGGAUUAAGCACCCAAAGUCAACCCCUGGUAUUUGGCGGUGGAAUGGGCGGGACUCACAGCCCGGCACCCACCUUUCAUUCAGGCGCCUACACUCCAGGAAUAAUGACUGAUGUUGUGCGCGAAGUAAAGGAAGCUGCUCGCGUUCGCGAAGAUGCACUGCUUAGUCGUGUAAAAUCAAUGGUUGAGGAGCGCCAGUGGUCCUUGAACGAGGGCAAUGCUCGAGUUCUGCGAGAUAUUGAUGAUUUGAAGUCCCAUGUAAUGCAGUUGCGACUGGAGAAGAAGGAGACUAAUAAACGAUUGUCAUAUCUGGAAGCAGAAAACAAAUGCCUGCGCCAAGCUCUAGCCGGUUGUUAUAACCAGCGGCAAACAUAUCACGAUAUAAUCUACGAAAAUGACCGAGUCCGCGGAUCCCGAAAGCCAUUUCCAAAUGGAGGUGGCACAGGAGCCUUUGGGGUCAGGCGGGCGCAAUCCUUUAAUCUGCAGUACGGAACGAUGCAUCAAACGACAGCUCAAACAACGCACUCCCUGGAAGAGGAUGACGAAAUAGUGGAGGAACAAGUUUUGGAGCAGGACGAGCCAGAGUCGGUGACGGUCAACGAAUCCCGCAACAACGGGAUGCAGACUUCUUUAACCUCGAGCGCUCACUCCUUGGCACCUAAAUUACCACAGCAAACAGUUCAGAGCCCGCCCACUCUUGCGCUGAUUUCAGAUCAGGACGACCCAGGAAUUCCACCACCACUUCUGCCGCGCAAGAAAGAGCACGCCCAGCUAAAAAGGGAGCUCAGUGAAGCGACCGCCGCACGUAAGGAGGCAAAUCAACGUAUAAUUGCCCUUGAAAAAAUGGUCAGAGACCUAAAUGCCCAGAUGGCUGACCAACCAAGUAGGAAUCCGAGCGUGUAUGGCGACGCCCUGGCAACGAAAUUCAGCGUGGCGGAUGGGCCGAUUACAGACUUAUAGUUUUAGCUAUUGGCCUCCGGCUCGAAACCAAAACGCCAGCAGCAGGCAAUGCGUGUCACUCAUUUAUAGCAGCCUGAUCUACGGAAACGGCCACUUCAACGACAAUUCACUUUUCGCUUCAAAAUUAUGAAUAACUCAAUAACAAUAAUUGCAAAAGCCCUUACUUAUUAGCUAAAAGGCUUUAAUUUUGUCUCAACUUAUUAAAUGUUCUACCAAAAUCAUUGAUUAAAGUCGAGCUCAUUGCUUGAUUAAGUAUUUUGCUCGCGCAAAAAAAAUUUGUUUACUAAAAAUAAGUUAUGUUACUAAAACUUUAUGAAUGUGGUCUUCUUUAUCAGGUCAUGAACAUUUUGUAUUGAAGAUAUUUAAACAUGUUAUAAACUAUUUUGAAUAAUGAUUAUCUAAAAAACGUGUACCUAUUGAAAUGAACAAAAAUCAAAAUCUAGUAUAAAGAAUCAACUAUGUUUACUUGAAUAAGUAGAUACGAAGUUGGCUAGAAAGUGUAGUCGCUAACUAUAUUUUUUAAGUGCCAUUUAAUUAAACUGAAAUAUACUGGGGUCUACGAAAACUAA